AUGAGAUCAGGCCACCCUCAAUCAGCUCUACCAUUCGGAUCUAUCGCCGAUAUCCUCUUCCAAAUCAUCAUCAAUGUUGAAGCGAGCACCGUCUUGAGUCUCUGCCUCCUUAACAAAGCCACAUAUGAUACGAUCAAGGUCCUUGAGCCGCACAUCUGCCGAUGGUUCGUGCGCCUCCAUGGCGUCGAUACCUUCGGUUCUAUUCCCUCCCUGAACUCAGGGACGGGCAAGGAAACCGCGCUGACAGUACACACACUCGUGAGGUCUUUGUACCGCCAUGAGCUCGCACGCCGGCUGUCCCUCCAUAUCGUUCCUACCGUAUGGGGGCCAUUCUAUGACGAUGACAAGGCGGAAAUGGACUUUGAAGCAGAACUCAGGCUCGCUAGGCGCCUAGAACGAGGCCUCCAUGUGCUCUUCCACAUGGCCGACAUCUCACGCGACGUCAAACGAGACCCGGAGUCUCACCAAAAGAUCUUGGCCACCUCUUCCUCCGUCCCAGACAGUUUGGGCGUUCUCGCCAAGCUUCUAGAAGAUUACAACGACUUCGACUCCGACUUCACCUUUGCCUUUCCGCUCAACAAGGGCAAAAAGGGGACAAGAAGCAAGGGCAAACAAAACCAUCUGAUUGUCCCAUCCUCAUCCCCACUGAAUCAUGAACACAGCCACACAAAGAACCAUCUCACGACCCUCCUGCAGUCCGGCUACACCGAAUUCGAAAUCGGCAAGCGCCGCCUCGAGUUCCGCACCAAGCACCUCACCGACAAACUCGAGGUCGACCUCCACUGCACCCUCCGCAUGCUCCGCGAACUCCUAGAACGCAUGCUUCUCCGCCACGGCCCAAAAUUCUGGCACAGAGACACAAGAAACGAGUACAGCGUUAUCUCCUGGUUCAUCCUCAACCAGAGCCCGCGGAACCUAGCAAAGCUCCUCCUGACUCCGCAAAACGAAUGCUGCCACUACACCCACCACAUGGACCUGGACGCCGCCAGCGCCGAUACAAGCACAAGCACAAGCACAGACAAAUGCCUCUUCUCCCACCCCCUGGACGAAUACUGGGCUGCAUGGAAGGACACCCCCGACCUCUCCCCGCUAAGCGCAGGCAUCGGCCCCUCCAUCGCCACAUCCACAAGCCCGAUCUCAGGAACAGCGACAGGCACCAGCACAAGCUGCAACUGCAACCGGCUCAUCCGCAGCUGGAGCGUGAAGCCCGCGCUCUUCGACAGCCGGGGGAAGGACUAUGAUCGCGCCGCGGAGCGGUAUCUCAAGGAGAUGUGGAGUCAACGGCAUGUGGGCUUGCAUCAGGCGUUUACGAUGGGUGUUUUUGCGGCAGUGCUUUAG